AUGAGAAUUGCAAAUGUGCAAAGAAGUGGAAAAACCUGCGUAGAAUUAGUAAUAGCCCGUCUAUGUAGAGGCAAAGCAGCCGCAGCGGAAUACGACUUCACCGUUUCGCUUCGUAAAAAUGGGAACAGAAACUACUCCAUUACGCGUCACCAACAAAGCGCAUCCAGAGGAAGCCAAAAAGAAGAGGGAAUGUCAUGCGCGCAGCACGAAAAAGAAAUAAGGGACGCCGCCUUACAAACGGUAAGUCGAAGCUUAUCUGAAAAGACAAAACAGCAAACAAACCUGCAUAGCUACACUGAUGCAUGCGAAGAGGUGAGAGAAAGACGAAUCAGGGAAAGCUUAAAAAAAUACAACUUAUUUAAUGUUUAUCUUGACAAAAUAAGGAAAGCACCGGGACAAAAUAAAAAAAAACAAAAAAUCAUCAACAUAAAUAGUGUCAAACAUUACGAUCAAUAUGUUCACAUGUUUGACGUAGAUUCGUUGCUAAUUUAUGCGAACAACAAAUUCAAGAUAUAUAAAAGGAAGAAAAAAUUUCCUGGAAAUGAGGAUUUUUUUGCACAUUUCGUAAAAAUAUAUAUACAGCUGAAUGUCAUUUUGAGGGAUUUUUUUUCACAUCACGGUGAAAUAAACUGUGGCGAGUAUUUCACAAACAUAUUUAAGACGUACUUGCAAAAUAUUCCAUCUGUCAAACGUGUAACAAAAAAUAAAAACAAGUAUGAUGAAACUUUUUUUUUUAAAAUUUUGCAACUAGUUAAGAUCUUUAAUCAGGUCAAAUUUUUUAAGACUUUAAAAGGGGGAACUACUUUACACUUGGAACGCAUUUUGGCCUUCCCCCCUGGGACGGGAAAAGGGAAAAUUCCCAAACAGGAGGAGCUAAAUUCUUUUCCAAAUGUAGACCAUCAUAAAUUGUUCUACGAAUAUAUGACCUGCAACUAUGAUGAGGAUACGGAUAAAGAAAUAUUCGAUGCCCAAAAUGAUAUCAACUUUGUGAAAAACUUAAACAUAUUUGGCGAUAAAUUAGAGGAAAUAACGGGUGUAGACGAUUCAGAGAGUUCUUUUUUUCGUAUGAAGGGGCCCAUAAGAGAGGGGUUAGCAUAUCCAGGGGGGGAAGAAAAUAUGGACUCCUCCCCCCAUUACAUAAAUGAAGACUUGCGCAAUUUGCGUAUAUCAAGCAUUUCUCCCGUAAAUUAUUCCCAUGUGGGUGUAAAUGAUCCGCAGAGUGAGAUAAUAGCGACAAACAAGUUCACAUUCCCCAUUGUAGAAACGGUGCAUGAUAAGUUGAACAACCAUAGGAGCAUUGACCACGUGAGCUUUGCUAAGGCGUUUAUCCAUUUAUUAAAAAAUUUAAUAAAGCACCUACACGACGAUGGGGUGGUCAGAUUAUUUAUUCUCUGCUCCAACAUGUUCGAUACAGAGUGGGAUGAUAAGGAAGUGUUGUCGUUCUACACAGAAAUGUACAAACGGAUUCAUAGGAUGAAAAAUAUUUCAAACAAAAACAUAGCGUACAUUUUAAGCGCAUGCAGUAACUAUUCCUUAAAGGAGGAAAAUACGCUCCUCUUAGAAAAAAUAAAAAGAGACAUUCUGUCGAAUAGCAGGUGUGGAAAGGCCGGCAGAAAAAGUUACUUAAAUAUAUAUAACGUCACUCCAUCCCAUUUGGAGAAUAUUAUUUACACAUUUGCAAAACAUAGGAUUAGAGAAAAAAAUCUGUUUACCCUGUUGAGCGAAAUUGUAAAGGAAAAGUUCCACGGGUUUUCCUGCAUAACUACGAUAAAUAUUUUAAACAGCUACACCAUAUUGAAUUACGAAGCAUUAGUGUUUGAUUUUUUGUAUGCAAGAAUAAAGACCUUUGAUUUCUUAUCCUUUAUGAUGUGUAGAGGGAAAAAUGUGAUAAAGCUGAUGAAUACGUUGCUGCUGAUUGAGGGUCGCAACUGCGGUUCAGUUCGUGCGGCAGAGAAAGUGACGUUCGUUACGGUGGCAGACGGCAGUGUCAAGCAUAGUGCUUCAUUAACGGAUCAGGAAGUUUACACAGCGCUCAUGUCGGCGCUGCUGUACGAGCUGAAAACGUUUAAGGGGGGGGGCACCCACUGUAGCAAUGCAAGUAAAGAAAGCGACGAACAUGACCAAAGCAGUAAUGAUGCCCACCGCACGUGCGCCCUCACAGGGGAAUACGCCAUUCGGAGCAUUUACAAAAAACUGCUGAGGCUGAAAAUAAUUAGCGUGCAAAACAAAUCCGACUUGGCAUUCCUAAGAAGUAUAUUGAAGAGAACGUACGGCAAGCUAGACAUAGACCAGUUGGACAAUUUCUUUGUCUUUUCAUUCAUUAAUCUGAAUUUGAAGAAAAUUAAUUUUCAUAAGUUAGUUUAUACAUUACUAACGUAUAAUAAUUUAAUUGGGGGGAAGAGACUCUUAAACAAUUAUACACAAACAAAAACAAAGUUUAUCUAA